AUGUUUGAGCCGCCCACGGCAGAGAUAAUUGCAGAGGCGCUCAAGCUGCUCGAGCCGUACACCAAGGGCGCCAAGGCGUGGUUUGAGGACGGCGACGAGGCAUGGACAAAAGGGACGCUGGUGCAGCGCAAAGACGACACGGUGAUAGGGAUCUCGCGACUGGUAUUUGUGCGCGACGACACACGCAUAACGCCAACAGCGGAGCUGGUAGCGCAGACAUCGGGGCUGACGAUUCCCUCACAGGAGACGGGCGGGGGACUGGGACGGAAAACAUCGGUGCGGGCGCCGACGGCGGCGGAGCUGCAGAAGAUUGUUGCGCGCGGGUCACGGCUCACAGGCGGGCGGAUCAGCUCUCUGCAGCGCGCAAAUGACUCGUACGUGGUGGACAUUGCAUUCAGCGAGCUGGUGGAGGCAGGCGUGGACGGGGGCAUUGUGCCGGCGCUGGCGAAUCCGCCGAUUCUGGACGGCACGGCCGACCUGACGGCGCUGAGCUACCUGCACGAGCCAGCAGUACUGUAUAAUCUGAUGUGGCGGUACCAGCAACGGCAAAUCUACACGUACUCGGGUGUGGUGCUGGUGGCAAUGAAUCCAUUCGAGAGCGUGCCAAUGUAUACGGGCGAGAUCAUGCAGAAAUACGCGCGCGGCGAGAGCGGGCACGACAGCCCGCACUUGUUUGCGAUUGCAGAGGAUGCGUACCAGGGGAUGGUCAAGGAGCAGCGCAACCAGACGAUCAUCGUGUAUGGCGAGUCGGGGUCGGGCAAGACAACCAGCGCAAAGUACAUCAUGCGGUACUUUGCACAGGCACACCAUGCCGAUACAAAUUCGCAGCAGAUGUCGACAGUCGAGAACCAGAUCCUGGCGACCAACCCGGUAUUUGAGUCAUUCGGCAACGCAAAGACCACGCGCAAUGACAACUCGUCGCGGUUCGGCAAGUUCCUGGACAUCAAGUUCGAGCGCCGGCGGCAGCAGAUCGUCGGCGGUCGCAUCCGCACAUUCCUGCUCGAGCGCUCGCGCGUCGCAUACCAGCCUCCGACAGAGCGCAACUACCACAUCUUCUACCAGCUUUUGGCAGGCGCCAGCGCAGAGCUGCGGCGGCAGGUGCGGCUUGACGGGCGGUAUGCAGGCUGGGAGGCGUUUCACUACACAUGCCAGGGGGGAGCCGGGUUCGGGACGAUUGCGGGGGUCGACGAUGCAGCGGAUUUUGGCGAAACAGAUGCGUCGCUGGAGAUGGUUGGGAUUGACGGGCAGCAGAGGGGCGAUAUCUGGCGCACGCUGGCAGGGAUCCUGCACCUGGGGAAUGUCGGGUUUGCCGGGUCGGAGACGAUCGGGUCGUAUGUGGACAGCGGGUCGGAAGAGCAGUUUGCGAUUGCGGCGCAGCUGCUGGGCGUGGCGGAGGCCAAGCUGCGGCAGUGGCUGACGAAGCGGCAGAUUGUGACGCGGCACGACCACAUCCUGGCCAAGGUCAACAAGACCCAGGCGCUGGUGAUCCGCGACUCAAUCGCCAAAUUCAUCUACGCCCGGCUGUUCGACUGGAUCCUGGGGCCGAUCAAUGCGUCGCUGAUGCCGGCGCACGUGGACGAGAGCCUGACGUCGUUUGUGGGCGUGCUGGACAUCUACGGAUUCGAGCACUUUGAGCACAACUCGUUCGAGCAGGGUUCAACCAUCCACGUGUUCAAGCUCGAGCAGGAGGAGUACCGGCGCGAGCAACUGACCAACUGGACGUUCAUUGGGUUCCAGGACAACCAGCCGUGUAUUGAUCUGAUAGAGGGCAAGCCAAUCGGCAUCCUGGCGCUGCUGGACGAGGAGUGUCGGCUGGAGCAGGGCUCCAGACAAGACCGGCGGCAGGUGGAGCAGCCAGAGAUGGCCGGAUAUUUCCGCAAGCCGCGGUUCUCCAACUCGGCCUUCACGAUCCGCCACUACGCACACGAGGUCACGUACGAGGGCGACGGGUUCCUGGAGAAGAACCGCGACACAGUGCCCGAUGAGAUCCUGGAUCUGCUCGCCGCGCGCGAUCCGGGCCCAGCCAGCCCCCACACCCCGGCCAUGUCGCCGGUCAUGCGUGCGUCCAGCCCGGCAGUCUCGCCGCGGGCCCUGGCAGCCAAGUCCGGGGCGGCUCGGCGGGCAGCAGCGGCGGCAAGCGCCGACAUUGGCAGACCUGAAAUGCACUACAUCCGCUGCAUCAAGCCCAACGAGGCCAAGGCGGCGUGGCGGUUCCAGGCGCCCAUGGUCCUGUCGCAGCUGCGCUCCUGCGGCGUCAUCGAGACCAUCCGCAUCUCCAAGGCCGGGUAUCCGUCGCGUGUGCCCAUUCGCACGUGCAACGAGCGCUACGCCGACGAGCUGCAGCCGCAGGAGCGCGCGCUGUGCCUGCACAUUCUGCAGGCGUGUCUGCCCGACCCCGGGCUGUACCAGCUGGGACUGACCAAGGUGUUUCUGCGUGCUGGCCAGUGGGCUGUGCUGGAGAAGAAGCGCACGCUGAUCUUUGAGCGCUCCGCGCUGGUCAUGCAGCGCUUUGCCCGCGGCUUCCUGGUGCGCCAGGGCUACGCGCGCAUGCGCUCGGCCGCCGUGACCAUCCAGCGCUGGUACCGCGACCAUCUGUUUGCCCGCCGCAUCGACCAGUUCACCAGAGCCUACGCGGUCCGAGUCAUCGAGAGGAACUGGCUCGAAUGCUGCCAGCGCCGCCGCCGGGCGCGCGAAUCCGCAGGCGCUACGUCACUCCAGGCGUUGGCGCGUGGUGUGCUGGCGCGCCGGGACUUUGGCGCCGCACUCCGCCAGGCACACGAGCGCGCGGCCGCUCAGCGCCGCAUCGAGGACGAGCAGAGACGCAAGCAGGCGGAGAGUGAGCGGCUGCGGAAUGAGCAGGCACGGCGGAACGCCGAGAAAGAGCGGCUGCGGGCGUCGACGCAGGCUGCGCGGCAAAAGGCCAUACUGGCCGCUGAGCAGGCGCGCAAUCUUGACGCCGAGAUCUCCGAGCUGGAGGAGGAGAUUGAGCGAGCCAGGCACAUGGACGUGUUCAGCGACUCGGACGAUACGUCGCUGGGUGGCUCGUUAUCGCAACUGCACCCGGUGCCGCGCACGCCCACAUCGGCCGAUAGCGCAACUGUCGGGUUUGGCCGGCUUGUGUUCGCCGACUCCAACGAGGCGCGCAUGAGCCUGAUUGCUGCUGGCCGCGCUGAGCGCCAGCAGAGCACUGCCUUGCCUGUGCUCAAUCCGCAGCAGCCGCGUCGCGCAGAGCCGACCAGCAGCGUGCGGAUUGUGCCGCCGCCGCUGAUCCGCCGGAUGCGCGACAUGGAUCCGCUGAGCAAGGACAUUUACGCCUUGAUCAACGAGUUCAGCAUAGUCAGCGACGGCCGCUAUGGCGCCGUCGACUCGCACCGCAUCAUCAAGACCGAGCCCACGUACAAGUCGCCGUCGCUCAGCCAUCCAGCCAGCACCUUCCCCGCACCCGGCCUGCCGCACAAACUGCACCACCAGACAUCCGACAUUACCAUGGGUGCCCAGAUCUACCCGCCGCGCCGCUCCUGGCUACACGGCUCCGGCACGUCGCCCACAAGCCCCAGUUUUGUCGUCGGUAAGGUCGACGGCACAUUGCCUGCCCCACAGCCAAUGUAUGCCAACCCGCAGUCUUCGCACUCAGCCAAUGCGCUGACUAUGCGCCAGCCGCUGCAGAACGGGAACCGCGCGACACUGCCGGGCGACCAGCGCACUCACCGCCGCCAGUCGUCGCACUCGAACAUGUCUGUCACUUCGAACCGCACGCAGUCGACUGAUAUUGCGGGCGGCCGUCAUACAGCUGCCAGGGCGCGUGCAUGGGCUAGCCGCCAGAGGAGAUCGUAUGUUCAGUGCCUUUUCGUCGGACUCACGGUCCCGCACAACUUCAGACCGCGAUUCCGCGACCAGGCCGAUGUCAUAUAG